CGCCCCCGGGCUGUGCCCGGCGGUGCCGGCGCGCCGGCCCCAUCCCGCGGGAAACAGGCGGGGCGCUUAUAUAAGCGUGUGCGUAGGGAGCAUCUGCUGGCUUGUCGGAGCCCCGGAGGGCUCCUGCGGCCCUGACGCGCCCGUGACGCGCGCCGAGGGCUCGCUGCUGCCCGGUGCCGUUCGGGACGCGUUGGUCAAAGGGAGCCCCCGGGCAAGAGAGAGCGGCUCGGCCGUGCGGCGCUGCCGCACCCGAACGGGCUUUCGAGCAGCAGAACGGGUUAAAAUGGUCCCUCUUGCGCCGUUAGUAAAGCCAUUAGUAAAUGGUGAACUUCUCAGGCCUGUUAAUUACAGAGCUGUCACCACCGUCUGCCUGCGCUGCCCACACAGCGGGUUUCCCUGGACCUGCUCCUUGGUUACGCAGGACACGGCCAGCAGCCGGCGGCGGCAUCGCGCUCACAGAACUCAGUGCAACCCUCUGGAGCCUUAACAGGCGGCUCUGGAUACAGCUCUGAAAAUAAACCUCCACCUGUGGAUCGCAGCUCAAAUCUACAGCUUCCAGAGUGUUCACAGACAAGUGGGCAGCAACAGCAAGAGCGGUCUCAUUAGAAAUAACGUCUCAAGUAAAAGGCAGGAGGGACCUUGCUUAACUUUGAGAAUUCCAGACAGUACUUAUUUUUAUUUUUCUUUCUCCUAAAAUAUUUUAUCUGCUAAGAUCCACAGAAAGUAAAAGUCAUCAAGGAGAGACCCAUGCAUUAUAUAUUUCCCUUCAUGCUUUUCUUUCCUCACGUUGAAUGACACAAUAAAUGCAGUAAUAGAAUCACAGAAUCAUUUAGGUUGAAAAAGACCUCUGAGGCCAACUUCUGACUGAGCACCACCCUCUCAGCUGGGCCACGGCACUGAGUGCCAUGUCCAGUUGUUUCUUGAACACCUCCAGGGAUGGUGACACCGUCACCUCUCUGGGCACCUCAUUCCAGUGUUUAGCAACUCUAUCCGUGAAAAAGUUCCUGCUGCUGUCCAACCUGAACCUCCCCUUGUCCUUUCACAGCUUGCCUGGGAGAAGAGGCCCCACCUGUCAUUGAUGAUCAAGUUGUGUCUCCCCAGGAUUGACUUCCACGAUGUUGAGAGGAGUCGCUCACGGUGCAAAGGACACAUUCACUCUUCUGUUGACAAGAUCUCAGAGCUGUAACCUGGGACUGAAGUUUUCAUCAGGAUGGCCUGACAGAACAAACAGAAGCUUCCUAAUACAUUCCAGUUACACAACUGAUACGAAGUCAAGAGAGGAAAAUAAAAAAACCCUUGAGAAUCUCUACAGUUUGUCAGUUGACAUCACAAAGAUACGCAGACUGAAAGAAUGGGUCCUCCUCCAGGAUGUGGCCUAUGUCAAAGAAAUUGCUGGUAUCUUACAGGAAAUGGGAGCAGAUGAGACCACUGUAGCCAACAUUAUAGAACGCUGCCCUGAGGCAAUUCUCCACACCCCAGCAGAGAUAAACUCUCAAAGAGCUUUAUGGCAAUUAGUAUGCCAGAAUGAAAAACAGCUGAUUAAAUUAAUAGAGCAAUUUCCAGAGUCUUUUUUUACUACUGAGUAUCAGCAGAACCAGAAGGCAAACAUACUAUUUUUUCAAGAGCUGGGACUUAAGAAUAAUAUAAUCACCAGGUUCUUAACAAGUGCACCCAAUAUUUUCUACAACCCUGUUGAGAAAAACAAAAAUGUGAUAGAGACAUUACAAAGAAAUUAUUUAAAUUUAGGGGGUUCUGCAGCAAAUAUGAAGAUCUGGAUACUGAAGCUAUUGAGCCAAAAUCCAUUUAUUUUAUUAAAUACUUCCACUGCAAUCCAGGAGAACUUGGAAUUUCUCCAAAAGAAUGAUUUCACUGACCAGGAAGUUCUGCAGCUGCUGUCCAAACUUAAAGGCUUCAUUUUUCAACUUAAUUCUACCACUAUGCAGAAGAGCAUGCUUUUCUCCAAAAACGUCUUCAAGUGCAGUGAUCAAGAACUGAAACAACUAGUGCUGAAAUGCCCAGCCCUUCUCUACUAUUCUGUUCCAGUUUUGGAAGAAAGACUGGAAGGACUACUGAAGGAAGGAAUUUCUAUAGCACAGAUUAGAGAGACACCAAUGGUGCUGGAGUUGACAACACAGAUCGUUCAGUACAGAGUUAAAAAGCUCUCUGCAUUAGGGUACGAUAUAAAGAGUGGAAAUCUAGAAAGCUUGAAUGGUACUAAAAAAGAUUUUGAAGUCACUUAUGGUAAGAUACAAUCAAAAAAGGAGAGACCAAUUUUUAAUCCUGUUGCUCCUCUACACAUUGAAGAUUAAUUUGAAUGCUGUACUUCCAAGUUAUACAAGAGAAAAUUAAAAGGGAAGUUUGCUUAGAAGAGAUGAAACAAAAGCAAUCUUAACCAGACUGUAGCCUUACACUGUACUUUGUCCAGGAGGGGGUCUUAGGCACAACUUCAUUAUACAAUUGUAGUAUUCUACUGCUUUCAAAUAAUAUGAUAGAAGUUAUGGCUAUGAUAAAGGGGUUUUUUUUCUAAGAAUACCUCAGAUGUGACAUUUUCUUACCUGACAUUAACUGCUUUAGAUUUUCAGCUCUGUCAUUGCACAGUCCAGCCUGUGCUAGCGAUCAACACAAUUUUUAUCUGAGGAAGGCAAAAUGAUUAUUUUUCCAGCAGUAUUCAUCAAUUAGCUGGUUCACUGUCUUCAGGAAGCACUCUGAUUUCUUUAUUGCUGAAGUAGCUCUAGCUCCUGGAUCCUGACCUGCAACAGAUUUGAUUUCUUGGACAGCAAAGCCCUGUUCUGAGAACAGGGGCUGGACACAUUUUUUUUAUUCAUUGACUGCUACGGUGAGACCCUAGUAUGUUUGUGUAUAAACCAUAAUGGAAAGAAACUACAAGAUGAUAACCUGUAUAUAUCUGAGACUUCAAAAUUUACUUACUUUUGCAAAUGGUUUGGGAGAGGAGGAAAUACAUUUAUUGCUAUUAAUGCCUUCUAGCAAGGUUUGGGGACAAGAAAGAUUAGGGAGAGACUCAAGUCUCAGAUUAUGGUAGGAGAAAAGAGAAAGUCAUGCUUUUCUAUUAGGUGCAACAAAACUCUAGUCUGUAAACCACUGGUGAUUAAACAUGACUACCAGGUUUGCUAACAGCUGCAACAGUUUCUAAAUAUAUGGAUAGCACUGCUUCUCAGAUAACACCGUAUGACAACUGGCAACAAGUGCUGGCUUUCAAAAUAGUAACUAUCAGACAGCGUUUAGGUUCUCAUGGGAUUUGAUUUCUUCUCAUUUAUGGGCUGUGAAUGGUCAUAUAAAACAGCAUCACUGGCAAUCAUCUCAAUAGAAUUAAGAUCAGUGAUUUUAUUUCUCAGACUUUCAUAACUAGCUAUUCCACACAUAUUCCCUCUUGACAGUAGAAUAAAAGCCAGCUACAUGCCAGCCUCACUCCAGGCAUUCUUCAAGGUAACUUUUAACACACAUAUUUUGGCAGGCAAGUCCAGGCCUCCAUGUCUUAAAAUGUGGUUUGUAAUUGAUGAAGAAAGCUGGUACUGAAUUACUGGUUCAGAGGGCAGACCCUCUGAGGGGGGGAGAUGAUGCUGCAAGAUGAUGAUUCUAUAUAGUCUGCCACGUUAUCCACUGUGCACUGGGAAGGGCUGGGAACACCUGUAGGAGCAGUAUCAAGAUCUCAACAGCUGAAGGGCUUACACUGAGCACUCUGCAGGCGAGUGCAGACAUGCCAGGCCUUUCUGGAGGAAAAUGCCACUCUUGCAGGAGCACGUGUGACAGUGGCAGGAAUCCAAGAAGGGGACACCAGGCUGUGUCUAUGCAGAUUGUUUCAAAACACAUUAUCGUUUUUUAAGAGGAAACUAGGAAGACAGCCAUACUAAAAAUUCACAGGAACUUGCCUUUGCUACUUUCUGAUUGCCUUUUCCUGCUCAGCUAUUAAGCACACCACAAUAUUAUCUGAAUUCAAAAGCCUCGUGUAACUGAGCCAGAGACCUGAUUGGUAGCUUAGGAGGAAAAGGAAACCUAGACAUAGAAUGGUGCUUUCCCUGAAUAUUUAGUUCUAGCAUUUCUACAGAUACCUGUUUUUACAAAAGUCUUGCAACAGCUUAUUCCCAUCACUUAAAUUAUUUCCAGUGGCAACAGAACAGGACAAGGAUGCAUUUCCUUAACUAAGUCACAGCCUGAGUUAUCACAAACUCAUUUUGCAUUCUGAAUGUUUCAAUUUUUUUUUCCUCUUUCAAAACAAAAAUCAUGAGCAGAAAUUCUCUUCUCUACUACCAGAUGAAAAGUCAGUCAAUCCUUCAUUUGUAACUCUAUCCUGGGACCUGUUUCUUCUUCUUCACUGGAUUUGUUUGCAAUAAAACCUCAGGAAAGCUCCCAGUCACCAAACACUGUAUUGCUGAAAUCCUCAUCUUUUGUUAGUGAUUGUGGACCAGCCUGUAAGUCUUUCACUACCUGGAGGGCAGUCAGGCAUACAAGCUGCCUUCAUAAACAUUUCCCCUUUUGGAACAGGGACUGGAAAAAGGAAAGUGAAAUAAAGCCACCACAAAAACAAUCCCAAGACAAAAGAAGAACCUCAUUCACCUGGAAAAUUUCAGUUCCAUAUUCCAUUCAGCUCACUAUGGUUUUAAAACUGGGUAUUCCCAAGCAUCAUUGACCAGGGCAAAAGAAAAUUAGUACAAAGAAUGUUGUGCUGUGUCUGUGCACAGCUUACACACUGAAAUUACAGCUUUUGUUAAGAGCUGGUUGGUGCUAAGUAGAUAUAAAUAAAAGAUGCUCUGGAGCACGGUACUGUGGGAAGAUUUACACCUAAGAAUGCCUUUCUCCACAAAACUAAGGAAGCUUUCAAAUGUCUGAAACAGUAACAAUUUAAUGUUUCACAGGUGCCAGGACAGAAUUGGAACAAGUUUUUAAGAUGAAGCAAGUUUCAUAAAUGAAUGGAAAACACACAGGAUAUAGGACAAAGCUCUUUGAAAACUAAAACCAUAUGCCAUGUAAAAGUGUUUCAGUUACAAGACUCAAAAUAAUAGCUACAGGAUAUGUUAAGAACAAAAUAUAAUGAAGUGUUGGUAACUCCUUACAUAUCUAACAUUGCUUAUCUCAGACCACACUUGUUUUACCACAAGUUUCAUAGUUUAAAAUUAAAGAAUUUAAUAAAAAAAUGGGUAUGACCAGUUCAACAUUCUCAUUUACAGAAAAACUCUAGGAAGAGUUUGGUUGAGUGUCACAAAUUAUCACUUUGCUCCAAACAGGUGACUCCUAAAGAGUUCAGUGGCAGCACGUGGGGGAUAUUGCUACAUUGGAAAUUGCAGGGGAGCAGACCAUACUAAGUUAUAUGCUGCAGCAAGAUUGCCUUUGAAAUCUAGGCUAGCUCAUUUCUAGAGCUAACUGGUACCUCUAAACAAUACUAUAUUCUAUGCAAUUUGCUCGACUAUAAAAACAUAGUUAAAGCCUUCCAUUUGUUGCAUCAACUUACCUCAUUACACCCUUGCAGCAGAUCAGAACCAAGCAGCUGGUGCAUCUAACAGAAGGAGCAGAUGCCAUUUCUUGGGCAUUUGCUCUCCCCACCGCCCCAAGUUCCCAUGCUUACAAGUGUCAUGCUUCCAACAGAUACGAUUUCUGACAUAAAAUAAAGUUCUGACAGAGUGCAGCUGAAGUACCAAUGGCUCAGAGACUGGGUGACUACAGUACCCCAAUUGAGACAUGUAUACUUCCAACACCCGUGAACCGAGGACUAAGUUUGACAAGUGAUAUGUUUCGUGUUUCUUUCAUUUUUAAAAAGUCCUCCCCAUGUAACCUUCUAGUACAACCACAGCCACUGAAAAAGUAAGCAUACAAGUUGUCCAUAGAAACACAAGUUUUUAAAAAAUACUGCAUACACAACAUGAACAGAUGCCUUCCAUGGGCUUCAAAAGAGGUUACUUAUUUGCAAAAUCAGUAAACAAAUAAAAGACCACAAAUAGUUUCUAUUUUAAGGCAACCUCACGCUGUGCCAUUACAAGUGCAUUUUGCCUC